AUGGCAAGCGAUCCUGUCCGACUUCGAGACCUCGCGUCCUUCGUCGACCGCAGAAUCAAAUCACUCAUCAACAAUGACCUAAAAGAAAUCUGCCGUCAGGAGGGUCUCCCGGUGUCUGGUGUGAAAGCCGCUCUGCAGAAGCGCAUCUCUGAGCUCAUUGCUCAUCACCUCCGCAAGGGCGACGCAACCGCACUCGAGCGGUUACGCUACCGAGUCGAAAACCAAGGUCGCGAUCCUCCAGCACAAAGUCAUCAGCCUUCACUGGCCCGCGACACCAUCACUCCCAUUUCUCCUGCUCCCGCCGGCAUGCCCGCCUACCCAAGGCCCUCCAACGGCAUGCCUACAUACCACCAGGCUCAACCGGCGCGCGCCGUCUCUGCACCCCGUGCCACGGUCAGGUUCAGAGAGAGUCCUUUCUAUCAAGUCAAAGAAGCCCUCACAGCUACGAGAGAGUUAUCAGAAAUGCCCCACAACCGUCAUUCCCUCGACGAAAAGCUCUAUCUCAGCGAGGCGACUUGUACAUCCCUCAAGGCUGAUCCUUCUCUGCGCAUCAUGCUUUACUGCGCAACUACCUCGACUCUCGGUCCCUACGCGUUCAACAUUGACAUUGCCUUCCCCAGUCAAAUUGAGGUUAAGAUCAAUGGAGAGGAGGUGCGCAAGAGUUUCAAGGGCUUGAAGAACAAGCCCGGCACCACCAAACCUGUCGACAUUACCGAUCUCGUCCGCAAGACUUCAAGUGCUCAGAACAUCAUACACGUGACUUACGCGCUCACGAAGGAACGAUUCUCUCUAAUGGUUAAUCUUGUCAAGGUGACGUCUGCCACCGAUCUCGCAGCCAGGCUCAAGCAAAGUGGCAGCCGGAUUCCCAGAGACACAGUCCUCCGAGAAAUGGCUGUCAAAGCACAAGACCCGGACAUUGUAACCACUUCCGCUGUCAUGUCCUUGAAGGACCCCAUCUCGACUAUGCGCAUCAGCAUUCCUUGCAGAUCCAACGUCUGCUCACACAACCAGUGUUUCGACGGCUCUUACUUCUUGCAGCUCCAGGAACAGGCUCCCACUUGGACCUGCCCCGUUUGCAACAAGACUCUCUCUUACCAGAGCCUCUGUGUCGACAACUAUGUACAGGACAUCCUAGAUAAGACUUCGGGUUCUGUUGACCAAGUCACGAUCGAGCCUGAUGGGCAGUGGAAAGCAGUCGAUCACGAAGACGACAUCAACAACCGCCAGAAAUCUCAGGCACGCGCAGCUUAUGACAAUGACAGUGACGAUGACAUUAUCGAAAUCGAUGAUACCCCAAAGAAGCCAGGAACCGUGGACAAGAUCAAGGCUGAACACAACUCGGCAACUCCAGCUCUCGCACAACAAACACCACCAGUCUCCCGUGAAGCAUCGACAGUUGCGCCUCGACCCAGCGCCAAGCGCCCUUCUGCGGCAGUCAUCGACUUGACCCUAUCGGACGACGAGGAUGAGCCUCCACGGCCAGCUAAACGCACCAACACGAGUCAGAACACUUCCUACAAUACUCCGGCGAGUCUACAAGACAGCAGGUUUGCUGACUUGACCAAUAGACCGUCUAACGGAGUAGGAUCUGGCUUACCACCAAUGAAUCCUGGCGACACUCUUGCACUACCUCCGAUCAAACCACCCCAGCCGAAUGGAGGAUUACCACAAGACCAAAGACUACCAUGGCCGUUUGGUGCACCGACUGGUCCGGCCUACAAAGACACACAAAGCUACAGCAAUAGCUCCUCCAGGGGCUGA